AAUCUCACUACAGCAUAUUCCACUACAGCAGCACCAUCAUGACCGCCACCGCCCGUAGCACUCACAAAUCGCACGUCGCUUUACUGAGCACACUCCUGCUCGUCUCGCUAGCCACGGUCGGAAUCACCGCAGGCUUUAUCGAAUACAUGAAUGCGCUCAACGUCACGAUCCCGGCUUCAGACUUCACCAAGUAUAGCGAGAACGACCACCGCUAUAUCGGUGCGGAGUACUUUCACGCCAACGGAGUCGCCUUAGCAGGAGGUUUGAUCACAUGCCUCACGACCCUGUACUUCCUGAUCGGGAACACCUCUUCCAUCAUGCUCGGAAAGAGCCCUCGAGCGACCAGUGUGGCCUUAGAACUAUUCUUCUUUAGCGUCGGAUGGAUCUUGUCGAUCGUCGGCUCGGCCCUCUUCACCAGCAACAUCCGAUGGACAUCUUGCGUCGGCGAUGGGUUCUGCGGGUUCGCGACGACGACGAUGGCAUUCGGUUGGCUCUUGGUCGCUGUGACGACGGCUAUCCUCGGCUUACUUGCCUACUAUGGUUUCACGAACUCUUCUUCCAACAUCGACGGACACCCCAUCUCGGUCUGGGGCGAAUCAACCUUGUCCCGAAGCUCGAGAGGAGCAGAGAAGCUGGAGCUGUUAUAGAGCGGCAAACUCCAUCGCUGGAGCUGUAUCGGAGAUGCGACAGAGCUUGAGAAGAAAAGAAAGCGAUAACGAUAAUGCAUUAAGCCUUCGAGAACAAGGUCAUCGUUCAAUGAGAUCUUGAACGAAAUGCGCUGGCGCGUACGGAAUAUGAAAAUUGUGCAAGAAUAUCCCCUAUAAUUCAUGAUGUGGAGCAUUACGAGAUUUACAAGCCAAGGCUCACGCUCAUACAUCUAUAAUCAUGUCUGG